AGAAUGAAGCGCGACGUGUCCACGUCGACCAUCGGUCGCGAUGAGGCCCGUCGUCCGCUGAUGGAGGCCUACAUGUUCCAGCGACGCGUCCUGCUCGGCUGCAGUCUGCUCAUGGUGGUGUCCCUGCUCAUCUGGAUAGUGGCCAUCUCGACCGAUCACUGGAUCAUCAUUUCCGGCGGAAAGGGCAUUUUCAUCCCUGAGUCGCGGCGCUUCUUCAUGUCCUCGCACUCGGGACUGUGGCGCCACUGCCGGAACACCAUAGUGCCCAAUGCCCUGGGCAAUGCCCAGGUGGUGCGCAACUUCAGCUCCAUGUCGUACACCUCGCAGACGAACAUCAACGAGGCGAAGCGGAAUCUCUCGCACAUGGACUUCAUCAAGGAGUUCGCCCAGGAGAAGCUGGAGACGUCGGAGAAUUUCACAGAAUCAGCGCGUCGUCACAUGUUUGCCCACUGGGUGCGAGGGGAGGACGAGGAGUUCCAGGCGCUGCGCAAUGCCUUCCGCAGUCUGGUGAUGAACACGGAGGAGAACCAGCGGCAGUUCAAUGCCACCAACGCCAAGCCCAUAGAAAUCUCUCCGUUGGAUGUGAAGGGCAUCAUAGAUAGGAAAACUUUUGGCUCAGCCCUGCAGAGGGUUAAGUACAACAACACCUGGUCUUACUACGUGAUCCCCGAGGUGGCCCAGUUGGCCAUCUUCAGUAACUGGACGGAUUUCCCGCUGGUGGUUCGUCUGCUGGGCACCUACAUUCGGGAUAUCAACAUACCCGCCUAUGUGCUAAACGAUGAGCGGGUUAUCCUCAUCCUGGUGCCUCCACUGCCGCCCAAGAAGGGCGAAACAGCCUACUACACCUACAUCCCGAAUCAGCGCUGCAAGUACAUCGACAUGUUCCCCAACUCCAAUGCCCUGCGAAGUGAGCCCGGUUUCGAUGACGAACUAUUGGUCUCCUGGUAUUCCCUUGCAGACUACAUCCGGACGCAGGCGUCCUUCGCCUGCAUAACUCUGUUCGUCAUGAGCCUGGGCGCCGUCUUCUCCUUCUACACAUUUAUGAAUCCGCGCUACAUGUUCAAGCGUCUAGCUGGUGGCAUCCACCUGGUGGCCGCCUCCACGGCACUGGUGGUCCUUCAGGUGCUCUUCUCCUCGAUCGACUACACCAGGGACCAUCUGUUCUACGCCUAUCCUGAUGGGGCUGAAUUGACCUAUGGUUAUGGCAUCUUCUUGGCCUGGUUCACCUUCGUGGUCAAUAUCCUGUGCGGUGUUAUGUUCCUCUGGUACUCGGGCAAGAAGAAGGGCGCCAAGGCUCCCAAUGACGAUGUGGCCAUGGCCGAUGAGCCCACCAUCAUGGGCAGAUAACUGAACCGGGGUAUCUUUUGCAAUACCCUCCUGCGACCAAAGACCAAAGCAACCGACGUUGCUUUUCAUUUCACUUUUGUUACUUGUUGUUUUCAUAAUGGCUGUAUUUAAAAUGUUCGCUUUAUAAACUACAUUUAAGAAUCUCAAGGCAAUAAAGGAGUUGUUUUCAGUCA